CGCCGCGCCGCGGCGCACGGAGCCGGAGGGGGGAGAGCGAUGGAUGUGCAAGUCGCACCCCGGAGAGCCUGGGACGACUUCUUCCCCGGCUUCGAGCGCUUCGCCUGGCCGGAUUUCAAAGACGUUUCCAAAUGGAACAACAGGGUGGUCAGCAACCUGCUCUAUUACCAGACCAAUUACCUGCUGCUGGCGGCCGUGGUCAUCUCCAUCGUGGGAUUUCUGAGCCCACUGAACAUGAUCCUUGGUGGCACUGUAGUAGUGCUGGUGUUCACAGGUUUUGUGUGGGCAUCACACAACAAAGACAUCCUUCGCAAGUUCAAGAAGCAGUACCCAACUGCGUUUGUGGUAGCCAUCCUGCUGUCUAGUUACUUCUUGAUAUCCUAUUUUGGAGGUGUCAUGGUGUUCAUAUUUGGGAUAACAUUUCCUCUACUGUUGAUAUUUAUCCAUGCGUCUCUGAGGCUUCGGAGCAUAAAGAACAAACUGGAGAAUAAAAUGGAAGGAAUAGGUUUGAAGAAGACCCCCAUGGGCAUAGUACUUGAUGCCCUUGAACAGCAGGAAGAGAACAUCAACAAACUGGCUGAUUACAUCGCUAAAGUGAAGGAAUAAGGGGCACAUAAUAUGGCAUUCUUAUCUGUUGCAGGAAUUUAGUUGCUAUUUACUCUUGUCAAAGCUUGCUUUCAAUUUGUCUGAGAUGCACGUACUGUACAGAUUGACAAUGGCAAGACACAGGUACACAAAGUUAUUCAGGGCUCCUCUAAGACUGGGGAGGAGAGAGGCACCUUUCUAUAAUGUCUUGUUUUCUGGCAGGGAGAUAAGGGAGAAACAAACAUGAAUUGCAGUCUCUGAACCUGUUCUUGGUAGCCAGUGUCAUGUCUAAGUAUUUAUAAUGCACUUCAUUGGAGGGAUGGUAUGGGGUGGGGGUGGGGGGCUGUUUAGUGCACUACUUGGCUAACAAUGUCACCAGACAAAAAUCUGCCAGAGUCAGGACUGGCUGAAAGCUCUGCCAAUACACAUUUUAUUUUCAUUUCUUCCCCCCCUCCAACUCCUCUAAAAGACCCUCUAGGGGGUGUCAUGUCUUUUUCAAGUAGGUUAUAUUCAAGCCAUCUUAUCUGAAGUAGCAAAGGGAAAGAAUAAAUUGACCAGAGUGCACAAGUCACCUCACAUGCUCCUAGUCUGUUCACGAAAUGUAACAUUUUCUUAUAGCAGGAGAUCAAAGUCUAAAUGAGCAACGUAUGUAAACUAGAUAGCAGCCUUGUCCAGCUUUGCCCGCAAUACACCUACGCAGAUUUUACUGAAUUCCGUAGAAGAGGCGCAUGUGUCUCUGAAAUCAUGGCUCUCUUGAAGUCCAUGGAAGCUUUUUUUUUUUUUGCCAUUGACUUCAAGAGAGCCAUGAUUUCACACUUUAUAAGGUGGGGUUUUGUGAUUUAAAACAAACAAACUGGACUUUAAGAAUAGCUAGGACAUUAUCUUAUUUGGAGUUCUGUGUUUUUGAAAAACAGAACUGUCGCUUGAGAUUUUAGGACUUACCUCAUUGUCCAAAUUGUGCUCUGACUCGCUUCCAGUUUAAAGAAGACACUGGCUAAAACAUACAUUUUGCUAACUUAUUCCACUUGUGGCUCUGUUCAGGGGAAAUAAGACUAGAUUUCAGACUUAUAACUAAAAACAACAAUUUGCGUAUUCUUAGAACUAUUUCCAAAUUCAUGUAAGUAAUUAGUUUCAAGAGCUAUUGUUACAAAUCUCUUCAGUAAACUUCAGCUUGACCUAAAUCAUAUGCAUGGAAAAAAGUAUGCAGAUUAACAUAGUGUAUAACUAUCACUCUUGCAUCUCUCCUCCUUUUUUAUGAAGUAUUUAUCUGUAACUGACUUGAUUUACAUGGCAGGUGUAGCAGAUACCCAAAAACCUCUUCAGAGUUCAUGUAUAUAGUCAUGUGUGUGUGCAUACACAUGGUGUCUCUUUGAAAUGAAUUGUUUAGGAGUCCGAACACCUCAUUCCGUGCAAAUGCUCCAGAGUGAUCAGUAUUUACUGGAAGUUUUGUCUUUGUGUAUAUUCCAGGGUAAGAAGCAAUGACCUGUUCCUUUAUUAUAGUACCUUGUCUUAGCUUUUGAUGAGUAGUUCUUGCCACACUUACAGAAGAGAUACUAGCCUAUGACUUCAUGAAUAUAUAGUUACAUUGUAGAAUUUUAAAUAUGAGUUGUGAAGAAUAAACUUUAACAGUUGAUAAAA